AUGUCGAACCGCGAUAGCUCUGGAAAAUCGUCCGAAGUGGAAAUCGGCGCCAAAUCGACCGGAAACGCUGUCACUUCUGAGGGAUGCGAUGGGUUCGUCGGCCAGGCGUCAACACAGCACGGUUCUACGGAGGGACAGGCGACGUUUUCGGGAGUGGCAACCGCGGAUUUCGGAUGGAGAUUGCAGUCUGAAUUUGAGACGCAGGAGCCGGCGACGAUCGCUGACUCACCGCAGCGGCCUGCCGACUCGGGACAACAGAGUGUUUCGAUCGUCUUGGAAAUCUGCGCGGGUUCGAAGUUUAGAAUGUACAUUUCGAUCCUGAAUCGGGAAAUAUCGACGCCCCUUGACGAGCUUCAAGUCACGACGGAUGCGACGGAGUCAUCUCCUCAGUGGAUCGUGUCUCCGCUGCCAUUAGUCCGGGGGUUGGCGGAUACCUUUUUGUCGACACGGCGUCCGUGUUCGUUUCGGCUGUGCGCCACGGUCUGCCUAGACAUGGAAAAUGCCUUCAAUACGGCUUUAUGGGCCAGGAUAAAGGACGCAUUGGUGUCGAAAAGAGUACUACAUAUACAGAGUACCAAAACUCUAUUCGACACCAAGGCGUCCUCUAUCCUGGCCCAAACGGACUAA